AUGAGCGACCAUGAGGGCGAAGGUCUUGACCUUGAACGAUGGGAAGUAGCUAGCUUGCCUGGAGGAUCGAUCUACUCCUACGCAGCAUCGGAUGUCUUCCACCAAGGUGUGGUACCUGGUGAAACAGGCCUCCAGCCCACCUUAGGACCCCACACUUCCCAUAGACGAAAUUUCCAAGAUCGUGACCUCCUCCUCCGAACUACGAUUCGCUCUCCUCGCGGUCCUCAUCCACUCCAAUCGAGCGGCGUGCCGGCCAGAGCUCCGGAGGCCCCUUUUAGAAACCCCUCGGAACACCUCUUUGAGAAUGGACACCCACCCACCGGCGAGCUGCAAUUGACGGCCACAUGGAGGUCGCUUCAGACGGUCGCAUUGAGGGCCGAUAGAUCGGCACCUCACCCCCUGUUGAAACUAAAAGAAUUCAUGGGAAAGUUUGGUACCUUCAUUCGCAAGCCAGAGCACCAGGAUGGAAAGCUUCUUAUAUGGGGAGAGCUCAAAGAUGUUGCAGCGACCCAGGCUGCUUUGGCGGAAUGGCAGCAGCUGGUAUACAAAUCAUUCGCAUCAUCUAAACCCACCAGCUGGGCUAAAUCGCAUGCACUCGACGGACGUGCAGAACAUCGUUUGGAACGCCAGACCCAGCAAAAGGCCUUCACAGACUACCUGAGACAGGCCGACUACGAUUAUCCUGUGCAAUGCGCCUUGCUUUGGCCGAAAGAUAUGGAUAUUGAAGAGUUUGAGAAGCUCAAUCAAGAAGUGCUGGACCAGCUGCGAUCAACCUUUUCCGACAGUUUCUGUCGAAUCACUCUGAAACAUUCUGAUCUUCAACACAUUUUGAUAGAAGCAAAUAACGAACGCGACGCUCUCCAGAUUAUGAGCAGGCUGCGCAACCUCAUCAAAGAAAGCAUCUCUCAACGAGAUGAGCUUGCCAUGGUGAAUCUCGUCCAUCUGCCGGACUAUGAAAUCUAUAGGGACCGGGUCGGCCUUCAAGACAAGGACCCGCGAACGGAAUCAUAUCUUCCUACCUUGCAUGGAAACCAAGCGCCUGACGAGGAAGGCUGGACCAAAGAGAGACGGGUGACGCACGCCGGCAAUAGGAAAAAGAUCAAAAAGGUCAUCGACACCUCCAUCAAGCGCCUGAGAAUCUCACAGCAGCAUGUACGUCUUCGAGCAGUGUUCGGGGAAUUGGGUUUCACACUGUUCCAAAAGCCCGCUGAUGGAGAGGACACGUACAAUUUCCAAGACUUCUACAGCAUGGUGACCAAAGGGCGCACGAAACUCCACCUCAACGGCCUGCCAGUGCGACAGGGAGACAUUACCGACCUCCCAGACAUCCUCGAUUCGAUGGAAGCAUUCUCAGAUCGCAUUGAGACUUACGGAGCAUUCUUUGACUUCUCAGCGCAGAUGGCAAACACGACUCUUCGAUUGGAUGCUGUGAUCUAUCCCAAUGGCGACCAAUUCGACAUCUACGAGCAACGCUGGAUCGAGUUUGGUGACAAGGUUUCUAAGCUUCAAGUAAGUCUGUUCAACUUUGAACGGCCAGACUUUCAGAUUACGAUGGACGCCUUUCCGCUGUACCCUGAGGAACGCAUCAAGCCUCAAAUGCUCGAGUUUCAGAACAAUUUGUCGUUCGAAGGACCUCCAAAUGGCAUCAAAUCAACACCACGCAGAAGAGUUAAAUACUCUUUAGUGCUGGGUCACGUACAAACCAUGUCCGAAUUGACGGUGAUCAAAUGGCGAUUCAAGAACACUCACGGCAUCUUUGAGCUGCGUCGAAAAGAUGUUUAUGACGAGGCGCCAGGCCUGAGGAGUCCUGGCCCGAAGGAGACACGCUGGCAUGCAUUGUAUUACUAUCCCGAAUGGGACAAUCUUAUGGGCCAAUUCGCUACGGUCAAACCAGGUGAGGAUAUCACUUGGACAAAGUCGGUUGCAACCUUCUUUCCAGAGAGUGACAAGAUGGGCCGGGCCUUGCCACAAGGUUUCAAGAACUUCAUUACCGAGGUGGAAGAAAUUCAAGACUUGCUUGCGGAAGCCAUUGGCAAGCUCGCAAAAGGAAAGCAGAAGGCAGCUCAGGCAAGUGGCUUCCACGGAAACGGAGCAGGUGAUGAUACUAUCUGA